GUUCUCUUUUUAGAAUUUUUGAAAAUUCGAUUUUCCAUCAAUCUAGUUGUUCGUUAUUGUCUUUCAAUUUUUUUAAAUCAAUUGAUUAAAUUGAUAAAUCAUCUUUAUUUUUACUUUUUUUAAUUGUUUAGUUGGUUUUAUUUUCUCAAUUAUUAAGUGUUUACUGUGACAAUGGAUCCGAAUGAAAAUAAUUUCGGAUCAAAAAUGAAUGAAAGUGAAGUGAUUGAUACUGGCGCUGAUGUUGCUCACUCAGAGUCUAUUGAAAAGAUGGAAAAUUUUGAUUAUGGUGCUUCAAAUGUUGAUAGAUUUUUGCAGCAGAUUAUUCAAAUUGAAAAUGAACGCAUUUUGGUUCUGAGAGAAGAUUUUGUUACCUCUCAACAAUUAACGGCUGAAAAUGAAUUGAAAAAUGUAAAACUCAACUAUAUAGCGGAACUGGCAGCUUUUGGUGAUAAAAUCAACUCGGAUGGUCAAGUGUUGAAAAGAAAAAAAGAAUUAGAAAGUGAACUAUUGGAGUCCAUCAAUAAAAUCAUAUCUGGAUGUAAAGCUCACCUAGAAGUUUGUAAAGACAUCAAACCUUUGAUGAGUACUGUCAGUGCGACCUUGUCUGGGAAUGAAAAAGCUGGAAUGGAUGAAGAUCGAGAAAGUGCAACGGUUUUCGCUGCUUUAGCCAACCAGAGUAUUGAUGGCUAUGGAUAUUCCAAUAAGGUGAAAAAAGUUGAUGCGAGCAACAAGAGAAGUGCUUCUGAUAUUUUAAACGAUUGUUUGAAAGUUUUCAAGUUUCUAAAGGAAAUGGGUCCAUUUGAUCCACACGGUGAUGAAAUAAUUUCAGUGCGAAAAUCACUUGUAGAGUUAAAUGGAAAGUUCGACGAGACAAGAGUAAAAAGUGAUAUAAAAGAUCGUGAAAUUGAAGCAGUGAACAAAGAAUUGGCGGUUCAAGAUGAAAAGAUGAAAGAAAAAAAACAACAAAUAGCUGAAGCAAAGUUGAAAGCCAAAGAAGCUGACGAAGUCACCCAGGAGAAAUUGGCUGCCAUGAUUUGUUCAAAUACAGAAAAACAGAGACAAUAUGUUGCCAUGGGAAACAGAAUUGAAUCCAUGAAGGAGAAAAUAAAAGAGAUACCAGAGCUCGAACAAAAACUUUCUACUAUUCAAGAGAAAGUCGCCAAGAAAAGUGCAGCUCUAAUUUCCAUGAGAUCUCAAACUGAAGAAAAUAAAACAAAAAUAAGGGAGAAGACCGAAAAUAUUGAAAGUUUAAAAAAGAAAACAGAGACCAUGGACAAGGAAUAUGGUGAAAAAAUUCAAACUUUACAAAGUAAAGCCAACAAUAAGGAAAUUGAACUUAGAAGUGCCCAAGCCAGAGCCCGAGUAUCAAUGCAAGAUGGUGACAAAGUCAGAGAAGAAUUCGAACAAAAUCAGAAACGAAUAAAGUCAAUCGAAGAUGAAUUCAGAGCAGCCAAAGAAGCUGCUCGCCGACGUAAAGCUGAGAAAAAGAAGAAACUAAAAGAGAAACGAAUGGUCAAGACACAACUUUCAGGAGAACUACUGAUGUUCAAACUAUCGAGAGGAAUAAAAGUCUAAUCAUUUCUCUUCCAUUUUCUUUUAAAUUUCAUUGAUCAAAUUUUUGUAUAUUCUAUUCCAAAUUAUUGUUUGGUUAUUGAGAAAUUAAUCAAAAACAAAUAACCUGAAAAUCUAUCAAAUAGAUACUCAAAUUAUGUAACGAAAUCAUCUUGUUGGUUAAAACUUUGACACUGAUUGGUACAAACAGGAAACAAAAGUACAAACCGAUUUCCAGAUAGAAAAACAUCAAAAUUAACGAUGAUUGUUAGUCAGUUGAUUAACAAAAGAUACUGAUAAAAGCAAUUAAACCAAGAAAGAUAAACAAAACACAUAAAGACAAUUUGACAAGACCAAUUGCCGUUCAUCAGGAAAAUCAUCACGACUCAUACAAUUAGAUGGAAACAAUUAAACAAAAAGAGGAAAAAGGAUUAAUGUAAAUUGCUCCAAAACAUUACACCUUUUCUACUAAUCAAUACAAUCAUUUAAUUGUUAACAAUUUGAAUGUAAUUCUUUCAAUUGUCACUUGACAGUCUCUCUUUUGUUAACAUUGAUUGUUUUGGAUAAAACAUCGUUGCUAUUAACCAUUUGAUUUCCAAUUAAAAUUGACACAGUUUUCAAAAGA